CUCUGCAUUGCUGGGGGAAUGUAGUUCUCCCUUUUGCAGAUUGAAAAUUACGCCGUAUAGUCGCUGAUUGACAACACGGAACAAAUCAUGACUUUACCAACAGCCAGGUCUUUCUUCUCGGAGGGUUAUGGAGAGCAAGAGUUAGAUGCUAAUUCUGCUCUAAUGGAGCUUGAUAAAGGGCUUCGAUCGGGUAAACUUGGAGAGCAGUGUGAAGCAGUGGUGCGUUUCCCCAGACUCUUUCAAAAAUACCCUUUCCCUAUUCUCAUCAACUCUGCCUUCCUGAAGCUCGCAGACAUUUUCAGAUUGGGAAACAACUUUUUGCGUCUCUGUGUGCUGAAGGUGACUCAACAGAGCGAGAAGCACCUGGAGAAAAUCCUGAAUGUGGACGAGUUUGUGAAGAGGAUCUUCUCAGUCAUUCACAGCAACGAUCCAGUAGCUAGAGCAAUCACUCUGAGAAUGCUGGGUAGCAUGGCCUCCAUCAUUCCAGAGAGGAAGAAUGCCCACCACAGUAUUCGCCAGAGCCUGGACUCUCACGAUAACGUGGAGGUCGAAGCUGCUGUCUAUGCUGCUGCCAGCUUCUCUGCUCACUCCAAGGAUUUUGCAGCUGGGAUUUGUAAUAAAAUUGGUGAAAUGAUUCAAGGCCUGGCGACGCCGGUGGACCUGAAGCUGAAGCUGAUCCCCACGUUGCAGCACAUGCACCACGAUGCCAGCCUGGCCUGCAGCACCAGGGAGCUCCUCCAGCAGCUUGUCACCUCCUACCCCUCCACCAAGAUGGUGAUCGUCACUCUACACACCUUCACUCAGCUGGCUGCCUCCUCCCUCAUCGACAUCCCCAACCAGAUCCAGCUUUUACUGCAUUACUUGAAGGACGACCCCAGGAAAGCCGUGAAGAGGCUGUCUGUUCAAGAUCUGAAAUUUCUGGCUAAUAAGGCACCCCAUCUGUGGACAAGAGAGAACAUUCAGACACUGUGUGAGUGUGCGCUCCAGACUCCUUAUGACAGCAUGAAACUGGGCAUGCUGUCUGUGCUGUCAACACUGUCGGGGACCAUUGCUAUCAAGCAGUACUUCUACAUUGCACCAGGGAAUGCAGCAGCUUCUUCACGACCUACUGAUUUGGUGAAGUUGGCGCAAGAGUGCUGUUACCAUAGCAACCGGGCUGUUGCUGCUCAAGGAGUCACUGUUCUGUCAAACAUUGCAAUUUCCUGCAUGGAGAAAGAGUUAAUGGCUGUGGAACAAGAUGCAGUUUGUGGCUUGGAGUCCUUGCUUCUUAUGUGCAGUCUGGAUGACAGUGCCAGUGCUCAAGCGACUUUAAAGAGAGCUCUGACUUGCAUGGUGAAGCUGGUGAAAUGUCGCCCCCACCUGAGUCAGUCGGUGGUAGAGUUCUUGCUGUGCCAGCUCCACACUGCACAGGAUGCUGCCCGCAUUCUCAUGUGCCACUCCCUGGCAGCCAUCGCUAUGCAGCUGCCCGUCCUGGGCGAGGGCAUGCUGGGGGACCUGAUGGACCUCUAUAAAGUGAUCGGGCGCUCGGCUACAGACAAGCAGCAGGAGCUUCUGGUUUCCUUAGCUACAGUGAUAUUUGUAGCCAGUCGGAAAGCUCUGUCCCUGGAGGUGAAGAUGGUCAUUAAACAACAGCUAGAGAAUGUGGCCAAUGGCUGGACAGUCUACAGGAUAGCCAGACAAGCAUCUAGGAUGGGUAGUCACGAGAUGGCCAGUGAGCUGUACCAGAGCCUGCGGACUCGGGUGGCCUCGGAGCACUUUUACUUCUGGCUUAACAGUCUGAAGGAGUUCUCCCAGGCAGAGCAGUGUCUCAGUGGCCUGCAGGACUCGGAUUACAGCGCAGCCAUGACCGCCAUCGCAGAGGCCUUGAAAUCGUACCAGAAGGGAAUCGCUUCACUGACGGCAGCGAGCACCCCCCUAAACCCGCUGAGUUUCCAGUGUGAGUUUGUGAAGCUGCGUAUCAACACACUCCAGGCCCUCUCCCAGCUCAUCUGCAUCUGUAACAGCCUGAAGACCAGCCCGCCCCCAGCCAUUGCCACCACCAUUGCCCUUGCUUCUGGAAACGAACUGCAGCGCUGUGGCCGCAUCUCCACCCAGAUGAAGGUGUCGAUGGAUGAAUUCAGAACCCUGGCAACUUGUUAUGCUGAUCUGUACCAGUCCUCCUUUGAUGUGGAUUCGGCUACAUUGAGGAAUGUAGAGCUACAACAGCAAAGUUGCUUGCUGAUUUCACAUGUCAUUGAAGCUCUCAUACUGGACCCAGACUCAGCCAGCUUUCAGGAGUACAGCGUCUCUGGAACAGUGCAGGCGGAGAGCGAGUAUGAAAGGAGGAUGAUGUCUGUUUUCAAUCAUGUCCUGGAGGAGGUUGAAUCUCUCAGCAGGAAGCACCCCCCUGUCUCUUACCUGCACACUGGCUGUCUCUGUGAUGCAGUCAUUGCCUUGCUGAAGGUGCCCCUGUCAUUUCAAAGGUAUUUCUUCCAGAAACUGCAGUCCACAAGCAUCAAACUUGCUCUUUCGCCCUCCCCCCGGAACCCCACUGAACCAAUCACGGUUCAGAAUAACCAACAGCUGGCUCUGAAGGUAGAGGGAGUGGUCCAGCAUGGCACCAAUCCUGGCCUAUUCCGUACGAUUCAGACCGUCUGCCUCAGUGUCAGCUCCACCCCGCAGAACAAAACUGGACAAGAUUACAAGAUCCCUCUAGACAACAUGACCAACGAAAUGGAGCAGAGAGUGGAGCCCCACAAUGAUUACUUCAGCACACAAUUCCUGCUGAACUUCGCUGUCCUCGGCAACCACAGCGUGACUGUUGAAGCCUCUGUGGCCGACUCUAAUGGUAUUGUGUGGAAGACGGGCCCCAAAUCCACCAUUGCCAUCAAAUCCUUGGAGGACCCGUACUCCCAGCAACUGCGUCACCAACAACAACAGCAGCAGCAGCAGCAGCAGCAGCAGACUUCUCAACAAGCAGCCCCACAACAACCACCCCAGAGGAGUGUGUAUGCCCGCUUUCAGUGAGGGACAGAGGGCAGCAUUCGCCUUGUGCUCCCUGGUCCCCUUUGAACAGUUUAUGCUGGCACAUUAGGGGACAUGUGAAUAACCUGGGCAUCCUUCUGUUUUGCCACUGCUACUGUGGUAGACAGCUAAGAGUUUACGGUUUGCUUUCCCCUCCCUCCCACACACAUUUUGAAGCUUUUUGAAAUAAAAAAGAAAACAUAACA